AUGAAUUGCACGUCCUUUCCAUCUUUGGGAUAUUUGCCUUCUCUUUUGGAGCUGCGCUUAACAAAAUUCAACAGUUUGCAAAUGAUUGGUCCAGAAUUCUAUGGGAACCUGAUUGAACCUUUCAAGUCACUGGAAAUCCUUAAGUUCAAGGAUAUGCUGCAAUGGAAGGAAUGGCUGCCGAUUGAAGUUGAGGGUAGAGAAUUUCCUUCACUUGUACAACUUCACCUGAAAAGAUGUCCCUCGCUUACUGGAAAGCUGCCACGCUGCCUAGUUUCCUUAGGAAACCUGUUGAUUUCUGGAUGUCCAAACCUAGAGGAUUCGCUGCCAAGGGUUCCAAUGUUGAGAGAACUAGAGUUAACAGACUGCAGGAAGUUGCAACUAAUCCAGAUUGGGGAUUCUGAGAACAAAUAUGCUUCCCUUGAGAAAUUACGUUUAAAGAGUAGCUGUGAUUCUCUUGUCACUUUUCCAUUCAACUCCUUCACUUCUCUCCAAGAACUCCAUAUCCAAGAUUGUCGCAGCCUCAAGUCCUCCUCUAUUUCACCAGAGGACAAUUUCUUGUGUCUACAAACUUUGAAACUUAAGGAUUGCCCAAACCUGGUCUGCCUCUCUGAACGUCUUCCUGCUCCCAAACUCCAGUCACUCUCCAUCAGUAGACUUCUGAAGCUUUCAUCGCUGGACCAUAUUCAACACUUUACUUCUCUUAAGUAUCUGAAGAUCAAGGAUUGUGAUCAGCUUGAAUCUGUACCUCUGCAGGGACUGGGACUGGCGGACUCCCUUCUUACUCUUAUUGUUAAGGGAUGUUCACUGCUAAAGCCUCUGCUUGAGAGGGGCACAAAUCGGAACUUCUUCACUUCUCUCCAAGAACUCCAUAUCCAAGAUUGUGGCAGCCUCAAGUCCUCCUCAAUUUCAUCAGAGUGUCUACAGACUUUGAAACUUAAGGAUUGCCCAAACCUGGUCUGCCUCUCUGAAUGUCUUCCUGCUCCCAAACUCCAGUCACUCUCCAUCAGUAGGCUUAUGAAGCUUUCAUCGCUGGACCAUAUUCAACACCUUACUUCUCUUAAGUAUCUGAAGAUCAAGGAUUGUGAUCAGCUUGAAUCUGUACCUCUGCAGGGACUGGGACUGGCGGACUCCCUUCUUACUCUUAUUGUUAAGGGAUGUUCACUGCUAAAGCCUCUGCUUGAGAGGGGCACAAAUCGGAACUUCUUCACUUCUCUCCAAGAACUCCAUAUCCAAGAUUGUGGCAGCCUCAAGUCCUCCUCAAUUUCAUCAGAGUGUCUACAGACUUUGAAACUUAAGGAUUGCCCAAACCUGGUCUGCCUCUCUGAAUGUCUUCCUGCUCCCAAACUCCAGUCACUCUCCAUCAGUAGGCUUAUGAAGCUUUCAUCGCUGGACCAUAUUCAACACCUUACUUCUCUUAAGUAUCUGAAGAUCAAGGAUUGUGAUCAGCUUGAAUCUGUACCUCUGCAGGGACUGGCGGACUUCCUUCUUACUCUUAUUGUUAAGGGAUGUUCACUGCUAAAGCCUCUGCUUGAGAGGGGCACAAAUCGGAAGCUUCUCUCUCGCAUACCGCAUUCAACCAUUGUGGAUUAA